AUGGCCUCCAAAGCAAAGUACAGCCAGGCUCCUCAGGAAGACCCGGAGGACUACACCUCCGCCCCCCCAGCCUACGGAGCCGCGGCUGGCUCGUCGUCUCGCGAUGAGACACAGGCCAUGUUCGGCGAGCCCCGGUCCAGCGACGACAACAUCCCCGAUGACUUCAAGUUCGGAGGCUCGGUAGCAGAGGCGACCAUCGACAUCCGCAACCAGUUCGUGCGCAAGGUCUACACCAUCCUCACCUUCCAGAUCAUCGUUACCGCCGGCGUCAGCGCCAUCUCCUUCUUCAGUGAGGGUUACAAGAAAUGGAUCCAGUCCCACCAGGCUGUUGUCUGGAUUUCGCUCUUCGGUUCGAUGAUCUUCAUGGGCCUCACAUACUGGAAGCGCAAGUCCUACCCUACCAACCUGAUCUUCCUGUCCGGCUUCACCCUCCUCGAGGCCUACACCAUAUCCGUAAUCGUCUCGUUCUACAACAGCACCGUCGUCCUCAACGCCACCGUCAUCACCGCGGGUAUAUUCGUCUUCCUCACGUUAUUCGCCUGCCAGACAAAGUAUGACUUCACGUCGUGGAUGCCGUACCUGUUUGGUGCCGUCUGGGGUCUCGUCAUGUUCGGCUUCGUCGCCAUGUUCCUUCCCCACGACUCCACCACCCAGCUCAUCUACGGCGGCCUCGCUGCUCUCAUCUUCAGUGCCUAUAUCCUCGUCGACACUCAGCUCAUCAUGCGCCAUCACCAUGUCGAGGAGGAGAUCGCCGCUGCCAUCAGCCUCUACCUCGACGUCAUCAACCUGUUCCUUGCUAUCCUCCGAAUCUUGAACAGCCAGUCCAACAACUAA